GGUCACCUUCAAGAUGAUCGACAAGAGUCGCAGCGAGGAAGCCAGGGGAGAGUUCGUGCGGUGGGCGCUGCAGGAGCGCUGCAUGUCUGUGGAGGAGCUGCUGGAGUACCCCGGGCUCAUCGAGGAGGGAGAGGAGGCAACCAUGCAGCUGAACCCAAAGCUGUCUGGCGAGGACUCGCUGGUCUUCGAGGAGAAGGUGAGUCUCAGGCGGCGACGGUGGCUGGAGGGCGAAGAUGGCGGAUUCGGCGGGUCGCGGAAGGCGUUCGUGAAGGAGCACGCCAGCGGGAAGCAGAGACACAAGCGCACGGAGAUCAACAAGUCCCUCGCGAAGGAGUCCAAGAAGAGGUCCAAGGGUGGGCCCUCCGUAUUCUGAUGGACUGCGUGGCGAACGUGCAACCAGGACGAGCACCGCGUCGACGAGCGCCCGCCCGCGGACUUUCCCGGGUGCGGCGGGCGCGCGCGCGCACCCUACCUCACCGACGAGCAGGGCCCGGAGGACCCGCGGAGUGCCGCGCCACUCGGCGGCGCGCCGAACAGUGCCCCGGUCGGGCGCGGCUCCCGCGCGCGGUGGCCAGAGCUGGCGCAGCGGGCUUCGGUGCGCCGCGCUGCAGU